UGCCCAGAGAGCCUUAGCCAUGAAUUUGUUGGCUGUGGAGCUUCGUCACGCGCGACCUGUUCAGAUUGCUGCUGCCAUCUUCUGGUAGUUAGUCGUCAUUCGCUAUUGAUUCUAGUUUUAGGGUUUUUGCGGAUUUUUUUUUUGGUUGGUUUCGAAACAUUUAUGUGGUUGAGGCUGGGGAGUGUUUGUUGAGGGAGGGAGGGAGGGGUCGGAUUAAGGAGGACUACUACACAAUGGCAGCGUUAUGUAGCAGCUCAUUCUCGGCGUCCCUCUCACUUGGGUCUUCAAGGAUGAGCGCCACUUAUGGCAGGAAUAGUUGUUGCGAAGUGGGAAUUUUGAGGUCUGUGGGUGUUUCAGAUUCUGCCCGUUCCAUCGGUCGUGUUAGUGUUGAAUGUUGUAGGGAUGUGUCGAUGCUACGGCCUCGUGUUCAGAGGUUGUCGUCAUGGCCUUGCGGAGCGCGGCGGAAGUCGACCAGCACUGUGGAAACUGAUCCGGAUGUGCUCGAUGAUGAAGACCUCCGGGCGGGUCUAAAUGAAACGGUAACAGAGGCAUUGAAGGUUAUGUUGGCGGAAGAUGACAAAAUGCUGGAAAAUUUCAAAGAUAAGGUGGAUCACGUGGGGGAGUUUUUAGUUCAAAAUGAUCAAUUAGAAGCGGCGCGCUUCCUGUUGAUUCUCAGAGGCAUGCUUGAUCACGAGAUUUACCCGCAGUGUGAAGAGUUGGAAGGGCCUUACAAGAAAGCCUUCUACUCCAUGUGGUCUGUCCUUGAAGAUUCAGGAUGGCUUCUCAAGCAACCUGGCGCCGAAAUCCCCGAGGUGGAGGAUGACUCAGGGGAAGCAGAACUGGAAAUCAGAUUUAGUUGAUUGAACUAGGCAAAUAUUGUUGGUAGUAUGUGCAGAGUGUAAGUAAACGACGUCGCUGAGAUGGUCAGCCAAGUUUUGAUUUCAAAUGAAUCCGUUUUCUGGACUUUUAGGAUUGCUCACAUAAAAUGUUGCACUUUUAUUUCCUAAGAUGAGCGCUAGUUGCGAGUGUGAGUCACUGUCGAUGGGGUAGAACAUGUGAAGUGACGGAGGUCGUUAUUCACAACCCCGAAGACAACGAAGCUCUCCAGUACAGUAUUGUCAAAUCAAAAAAUGAGUUUAGAUUUGAAUUCCACGUUUCUACACAUUGGCGGUAUUUCUGAAAAUAGUACUGGAAAAUUGACUUUCAGUAAAUCA